AUGGCUCCGAAGGACGACAAAAUCCUUACGGACAAAUUGGUCCAGCGGCAGUCGUUAACCGCCAUUCGAGACGCUGUUGAGAAGUUCGUCAGAGACUUCGAAGCAGUGCGGGACAGGUGUCAAGUGCAAGUGAGAAUCGAAACCCUAGACCGAGUGAAUGUUGCCUUUUCGGAUGUGCAAGAUACCAUCGAGCGGCUGGAUCCGGAGAAUCUGGAGGCACAUCUGACGGAAAGAGUGGAUUUCGAGCAUCGAUAUUGCGCAGCGAAGGGGUAUUUGCUGUCUAAACGCCCCACCGAUGCUGCCCCAGCACAGCUGAACUCGUCCUUCGUCGCACAACCAGCCCCCUUCCACCUCCGCUUACCGCAGAUCGACCUGCCACGUUUCAAUGGCGAUUUUUCACGUUGGUUGUCGUUUCGGGACACAUUCUCGUCCAUGGUCCACUCCAAUGCGGACAUACCAACAGUCGCCAAACUGCAAUAUCUGUUGCAGUCACUCGAAGGGGAAGCGAAGAAACCCUUCGAAUCCGUCGAAAUCGAAGCUGACAAUUACGCUUGCACUUGGGACGCUCUGCUCAAGAGAUACGACAACCGUCGGUUUCUCAAGCGUCAACUGUUCCGGGCACUCUACGAUUUGCCAACGGUGAAGCAGGAAUCUGCUAAACGCCUCCACAGCCUGGUCGACGAUUUCCAGUGCCAUGUACGGGCCCUGGCCAAACUAAACGAACCCGUGGAGCAUUGGGAUACGCCGUUGGUGAAUAUUCUGUCGUACAAGCUGGACCAAACCACUUUGCGAGCCUGGGAGGAGAAGACAAGUACGCAGGAUGAUGUCAAAUACGACGAGCUGGUGGAGUUCCUCUACCAACGUGUGCGAGUGCUGAAUUCCGUCGGCUACGAGCAUCAUCAGCAGCCGGCACCGCCGUCAAAGGUGGCCGGGACCACCCCGAAGUCCGCCAAAAUCAAGUUCGCAGCCAGCGCCGCUGCAUCCUCCAAUACAACGCCAACAUGUCCCCUGUCUUGCCCCGACAAUCACGUUCUACGCAACUGUCCCAUCUUCCUUGGGAAGGAUGUACGCCUUCGCCGAGAGCUCGUAACGCAGAAGCGGUUGUGCUGGAAUUGUUUGGGCAGCGGGCAUCAAUCAAAGAAGUGUUCGUCGAAGUUCACUUGUCGCACGUGUCGUGAGAAACAUCACUCGUUACUGCACGAUCCUGCUCUAUCGAAGUCGCCGGGUUCCUCCGUGUCAUCAUCAACCUCUACUCAGCAACCGUCUCCAUCCACAAGUGUGGAAUCCCAGAGCUCCGCUCCUCCCCAAGUCAGCAUGGCAGCCCAAACUGCAUGCAACACGGUUUUGUUGGAAACGGUCGUCCUCAACGUGAUCGAUGACCACGGCAAUGAGCAUCAGGCGAGGGCCUUGUUGGACUCGGCCUCCAUGUCCAACUUCAUUUCGAAGCCAUUAGCGAAGCUACUCUUCAACCCCCGGUCGAAGGUGGACAUAUCCAUAGCAGGUAUCGGUCUCUCCACGCAGAACGUGAAAAGUGCAAUAACCGCCACAAUCCAAUCGAGAACACAGGAGUUUUCGACGAAGUUGGAGUUUCUCAUCCUCAAGAAUCCUUCGGCACAGCUGCCGACCAUUCCGAUCAACAUUUCGUCGUGGAAUAUCCCGAAGGUUGCCCUAGCGGACCCCCAAUUCCACGUCCCAGGAAGGAUAGAUCUUGUCAUCGGAAGUGAAGCCUUCUGGGAGCUCCAUAGUGGUCGGAAGAUUCCGUUAGGAGACGGACUUCCAUGGCUGACUGAAACGCCAUUCGGAUGGGCCGUCGCUGGGACCGCAUCAAGCCAAUACAACUGUAUCCCUCGGAUCUGUAACCUUUCUACGAUAUUCGCUAACGACACGCUUUUGGUCGGUCCAGUUGUACAGGAAGACCUGUAUUCAAUUAUUCUGCGUUUCCGCAUUCGCCGCAUUGCUCUCGUUGCCGACGUAGAGAAAAUGUAUCGGCAGAUGCUACACUUCCCCGAGGAUCGCAGAUUUCUACGAAUCCGUUUCCGUGAGAACCCCAGCGAUCCAAUAUCCACCUACGAAUUGCAGACAGUGACCUACGGUACUGCCUCUGCCCCGUAUCUCGCCACGAGAACUCUGCAGCAGAUAGCUCACGAUAAUGGACAUCUGUUUCCAGCUGCUGUAGACCCAGUGAUUCACGACUGCUAG